AUGUCGGACUAUCCAACGCUGAGCGUGACGAUGCUGGGGGCUGGCCAGGAAGUCGGGCGCUCGUGUUGUGUCAUUCAAUAUCGUGGAAAGACAGUCGUUUGUGAUGCUGGCACACACCCUGCGCAUAAUGGCAUGUCAGCGCUGCCCUUCAUUGAUGACCUUGACUGGAGUACUGUUGAUGCAAUCCUCGUGACCCAUUUUCAUAUUGACCAUGCAGCAUCGCUCACGUACAUUAUGGAAAAAACUAACUUUAGAGACGGAAAGGGAAAGGUGUACAUGACGCAUCCAACAAAGGGUGUAUACCGGUUCUUAAUGCAGGACUUUAUGCGAAUAAGUUCAACGUCAACUGACGGGCUCUUCACUUCAGUAGAACUCUCUAUGUCUCUGGCGUCUAUCAUGACCGUCUCUGCUCAUCAGUUAAUCACCGUCAGUCCUGGUCUUUCUUUUACUCCGUACCAUGCUGGGCACGUCUUAGGCGCCUGCAUGUUCCUAAUCGAUAUCGCUGGUCUGAGAAUUCUCUACACUGGCGAUUAUUCGCGGGAAGAGGACCGGCAUUUAGUCAAAGCAGAAAUUCCGCCAGUAAGACCCGAUGUACUAAUUGUCGAAAGUACAUAUGGAGUUCAAGGUCAUGAAGAGCGAGACACGAAAGAGCACCGUUUCACGAAUCUUGUCCAUUCGAUCAUUCGGAGAGGUGGACAUGCUCUCUUGCCUGUUUUUGCACUUGGACGCGCACAGGAGCUUCUCCUUAUUCUUGAAGAUUACUGGAAGAAACACCCGGAUUUGCAUAACGUGCCAAUUUACUACGCAUCUAAUUUGGCAAGGAAAUGCAUGGCAGUUUACCAGACCUACAUUCACACCAUGAACUCAAAUAUUCGUUCAAGAUUCGCCAAGCGUGAUAACCCUUUCGUUUUCAAGCAUGUUUCUAAUAUACCCCAGGUCCGCGGUUGGGAAAAACGGAUUGCUGAAGGGCCGCCUUGUGUUAUACUCUGCACCCCUGGUAUGCUUCAACCUGGACCUAGUCGUGAACUGCUAGAACUCUGGGCACCCGAUCCGCGGAAUGGUCUGAUUAUCACUGGUUACUCUGUGGAAGGAACACUGGCAAGGGAUAUUGUCAACGAACCUCAAGAAAUUCCUAGCGUCAAGGGAGACUCUAUUCCACGCCGAUUAUCUGUCGACUACAUCUCGUUCAGCGCCCACGUCGAUGGUCCUCAGAAUAUCGAAUUCAUCGAACAAGUCAAGGCUCAGCAUAUUGUGUUGGUUCAUGGAGAUGCCGCAGCGAUGAAUCGAUUACGGGUCUCGUUGCAGCAACGAUAUAAAGACCGUGAAGAGGAGAUCAAAAUUCACACCCCGCGCAAUUUGGAGACGUUGAAGCUAACUUUUAGAGGUGAACGAGUCGCAAAGGCCAUCGGGACCCUCGCUUCCAACCCGCCCAAACCAAAUAGUGUACUUUCGGGUCUUCUUGUUUCUAAGGAUUAUUCAUAUACUCUUCUCGAUCCACGCGACUUGCGGGAUUUCGCUGGUCUCUCGACUUGUAUCGUGACUCAGCGGCAAAAAGUCGUAUUGAACGUAGGUUGGGAGCUGGUACGAUGGCAUUUAGAAGGGAUGUACGGGGGCGUGGAGGAGGGUCUUGAUAGCGAUGGUGUACCAACCAUGAGAGUCAUGGGCGCAGUCGAUGUCAAGCAUACUCAGGAACACGAGCUUACGUUGGAAUGGGAGUCAAGCGCAAGCAAUGAUAUGAUUGCUGAUUCUUGUUUAGCUUUAAUAAUUGGGAUUGAUACAAGCCCCGCUUCUGUAAAAUUGACUACACAUCCGCAUAAUCACGACAAACCACAUCCACACGCAGACGACCCUGAAAAUGAAAAUUCAAUGAUUGUACGAAUACAGCGACUCGCGAUGUUCCUCGAAGCGCAUUUCGGUGAAGUUGAGCUGCACAUGCCUGAAGCACCACCUGUCGCCGGUGAAGAUGGGUCGACGGACAAUGCAGAUUCUCCGGGACUGUUGAUCGGUAUGGACGAUGCAGAAGCCUUUGUGGACCUUGCUACGAUGACUGUUGAGAGCUCAAGCGAGCAACUUCGAAAGCGCGUCGAGUCGGUCUUAGACAUGGCACUAACGACUGUCAGCUCCCUAUCCGAACUCUACACCUCUGAAGCACCGCUUGUACAAGUAAUCGGGGAGCCCGAGCUUGUCAAAGAGAAAAGUGCGAGUCUUGGCAUCAUUGAAGAGGAAAGAUCCGACCUUCCGGCUACCGAAGGACAAGCGGAAGACGUGGAUGUUUCACACAAAGAUGCUGUUGGUGGGAAAGAAAUGCAAGAGGACAAUGGUGCAACUGCCGAGGGUGAGAAGGACGUAAUGGAGCCACAAUCACAGGAAACUGCUGAUGUACCGCCGCACUCACAAACCGAGCCGGAAGCUGAUGAAGGGAGUGGGUCAGAGGGUGAAGGGACUGAAGACGAUGACUCUGAAUUACAAGUGCAUGCCUAACGC